GCACGUCUUACUUCCACAAUGGCUGGUCGCGGCGUGGGGCUGCUAACCGGUUUGCCUCUCCGUGCCCAGACACGAACUCGAAUCAGGUGUCCUGCUUUCAUACGUCUCAGUUGUGCAGGGACCGUAGCCGCAGACCUUAGGAGAGAAGAGCAGCCUUCUGGGAGCGUGGAGACAGGCUCCAAGGAUAAGACUCCCAAAAAGACCUUCUCCGAGGUGCAGAACGAAAGACGAGAGCAGGCCCAGCGGACCGUGUUAAUACACUGCCAAAAUAAAGUCAGUGAAAGGAAGUUUCUCAAGUAUUUAUCCCAGCAUGGACGUAUUCACAGUCAUUUCUUCUAUGAGAGCUUUGGUUUCUAUGCGGUUGUGGAAUUUUGCCAAAAGGACAGCGUGGAUUCCCUGUUGAAGCGGACCCAGACUCCUGCCCACGGCACAGAGGCUGCAAUUCCCUUCCGGUCCCGCUUCCUCAGUUUAAAGCUGAGGAGUCCGCCGAGCCAAGGUUCCGAGCAGCCACAAGUGCUGUUGAAUAACCAGCUGCCUCCGUCAAACAGAAAGCUUUCUGAAUUGCUUUGUGCUGCGGAGAGUAUAGAUGAUCAGCUGAAUACACUCCUGAAGGAAUUCCAGCUGACAGAAGAGAACACCCGGCUCCGUUAUCUCACCUCCUCUCUUAUUGAAGACAUAGCGGCUGCCUAUUUUCCAGACUGUAGAGUCAAACCUUUUGGAUCCUCAGUGAACACUUUUGGGAAGUUAGGGUGUGAUCUGGACAUGUUUUUGGAUCUAGAUGAAACUAAGAAGCUCGACAUUCAGAAGAACAAAGGAAAUUUUUUGAUAGAAUUUCAAGUGAAAAAUGUUGCUUCAGAAAGAAUUGCAACUCAGAAAAUCCUGUCUGUGAUAGGAGAGUGCCUUGACCACUUCGGCCCUGGCUGUGUGAGUGUCCAGAAAAUCCUGCACGCCCGGUGUCCGCUCGUGAGGUUCUCCCACCAGGCCUCUGGGUUUCAGUGUGAUUUGACUACUAACAAUAGGAUUGCCAUGAAGAGUUCUGAGCUCCUCUACAUCUACGGUUCCUUGGACGCGCGAGUGAGAGCUCUGGUGUGCAGUGUGCGAUGCUGGGCCCGGGCGCAUUCUCUAACAAGUAGCAUUCCUGGUGCUUGGAUCACCAAUUUCUCCCUGACAGUGAUGGUAAUCUUCUUUCUUCAGAGAAGAUCACCUCCUAUUCUUCCAACUCUAGAUACUCUCAUGACCUUGGCAGAUGAAGAAGAUGAAUGCGUGAUAGAAGGCAACAAUUGUACAUUUAUUCGUGAUUUGAAUAAAAUUAAACCUUUAGAAAACACAGAAUCACUAGAAGUACUGUUGAAGGAAUUUUUUGAAUAUUUUGGCAAUUUCGCUUUCAAUAAGAAUUCCAUAAAUAUUCGACAGGGACGAGAACAAAACAAGCCUGAUUCUUCUCCUCUGCACAUUCAGAACCCUUUCGAAACGUCUCUCAACAUAAGCAAAAAUGUGAAUCAGAGCCAGCUGCAAAGGUUCGUAGAGUUGGCCAGAGAAAGCGCCUGGGUUUUACAGCAGGAAGAGGCGGCUGCGCCUUGCCCGCCCAGCAAGCAGCCCUGGGGGCUGGCCGCCCUGCUGCUGCCAUCCAUCGCGCAGAACAAGAAGGUGCAGAAGAAGCUGCCCAGCGAGAGGAUUAAGAGCCUACUGGAGUCGGUGAAGAACAACAUCGCACGGAGUGCCACGCACACUUAGCUCUCAGACAUGAGGCUGCUGCUUUGUGCAGAGAACCGCUUUUCUUCUGUGAGCUGACCUGUGCAGCACCAGGCCUGGUGUCUGCAGACUUCUGCAGACUUCAGGUGUCACCCAGUGUCACUCUCUCCCCCUUCCAACCCUGACCUGCAGUUCUGGGACAUUUUCAGUCUGACCAGCCUGGCUCGUGGGUGUCAUUUUAGUAAACCUAAGUCCCAAGGAUCGGUGAAAGAAGAUGGCAGUGAACGUGAAGUGAGUGGUAAAAAUGAGUUUUAGAACUAAACUAUUUUUGAUAUCCAUAUCAGUCCCAGGUUGGAAAACAUUUACAAAGACUUCUAGUUAUGUGCUUACAAAGAUAAAUACAAUAAAAGCUUAAAAAUUUGGUAA